AUGAGCAACAACAACCUGGACGUUCAAGUAAGGUUAGAAGACACUGACGUGGUUGGUAUUAAGCCAGAUACGGAAUCGCGAAUUCAAGAAAUUGAGGAUAUCGAUGUAGACGUCGAAGAAUCAGAGCCUAUAUAUGCGACAAAAAGCGAUGAAUCUUUACAGUCCGACUCUUUGGUGAAUGACGAUUAUGAGAAUGAAGAGAAUGCGAUCAAUGGAGUUGAUAUAAGUAGCAUUGCUGCGCAGUUAUUGCAAAGCAAGUCCUUACCGAAGAUAGUAAUCAGAUAUGAAAACACCGACUUCCUCUUAUUCAAUUGUGACGAUUCGAAUGACGAGGUGAUAUCGAUACUGUGUGAAGAUGUCAGUCUAGUGAAUGCUGAAUGUUUGGAGUUAUUAAAACACAUACGUCUAUCGUUAGAAAGAUAUUAUGGGAAACUUGCGUUUAUGAGCAAAGAAAUGUACUUGCAUAUCCCCUCCCUAGACUUGACAAUAAACGAGGACAACCUUUACAACAAUAAAAUAUCGAUGAACGAUAUCAUAAGUAUAUAUGAGAUUUUACGAGGACGGUCGUUGGACAGAAACGAAGCAAACGUCCCAGACCAUCUCCUUGUGGAACUAAAACUAAGACAGCGAUUCUUAAAUCGCUACAAUUCAUUGGUUGAACUAACAGAAAACGACGAGGCUUCACUUUUAAACAUUGUCCCUUUCUCCAAUAACCAAAGCGAUCCUGUCGUUCUCGAAGACGACUAA